CUUUUUCCAUCAAAAACAUGUGCAAGAGGGAGAGCAGUAGCUGUGUACUGGUUGCAGUUAGCGCACAAUGGGUGCGCAACGGUGAUAGCACGACACUGUGCGAGAGAGAUGGAGAAAAGCAAGAGGAGUUGGCAACACUGAGACUCGCUUCAAGACAUCCAGUUCGGUGUUUGUUAACACAAAAGUCGAACGAUAAGCGCGCGGCCGGAGCGGAAUCACUGCCGUACUGUUCGCGUUGUGUUGCCCCCCGCAGCAGCAACGUCGAAAAAAAAAGAGUUUUACUCGCCGGUCUGUUUUUUUUUGGUAGGAGAGUGGGAGCAAGAGGGGGUAAUGUGUGAGCGAGAGGGUGUACACGGAGCAAAAGGAAAAGCCCGCGUACACGUCGUCUCUCUCCAAUUUCGUGUACUUACAACAGUGUUUUGUUGUUGUAUUGUGUGAAUAUUGUGUAGUGGCAAUUAUCUUGGCCAGGUGACAUACAGAGACAAAACUGUAAAGCAGUAAAGUUUUGGCUACCGUUCGCGAUCGCGUCGUCAGCGACAUAAUCAAUUUUUAUACAAAACCAAUCAUCUCCUUUUUACACAACAAUCUCCUUUCACGCGUAACUCUCGGGAGUUUUCCUUUUGAAAAACUAAUUCGUGAAUAAAACUCUGAUUUUCCCUGACGCGUGAAACCUUCGUGAAUUUGCAAAAGUGCUGAAAGAUUUCUUUCUGUUAAUUUUGAGCGGGAGAAUUUAUUUUUAAAUUAAAGGAAAUCUGUCCAACAAAGUGGAUUUGGUGUGCUAACAAAGCGUUAAGACAAGUGGCUUGUUAAUCUAAGCGUUGACAGGUUCGGUAUGGAUAGGCAGCUGAAGGAUUGCCAAGGAAAAUUCGGAAGACAAUUUGUAAGACAUACCCAACAAACCCGUACAAGUGUCUCAUCAUUUGUGUACUACUAAGAACCCAAAAAAAAAGAAUCUUGGAAGGAAACUUAAACCUGGUGUAAAGGAAAGUGAACUAACUUCCUUUUUAAACCUUUCUGCUACUUCCGUAAGACAAGGAGUGAUUAAAACUAAGAUUUUUUUUUAAACUUCUUAACCGAAAAAUUGUGAAAGAACCUGCAGUGAUGGUGAUUUAACUUCAGAAUUUUCACUUCUAAAAACCAAAAAAAAAGUUGCUAAACAAUAACUUAGGAAUAAAAAAGUGAAUUAUGUGGUUUCUGAUUCAUCAGCAAAGGAAACAAAGUGAAUGAUCGAGACAGUGACACGCGAACGGCGAUCUGACUUUGCCGGAGCGAAAAACAUGUCACAUUUUCCCUUCCGAGGAUCGCCAACAGUUCAGAACGCCGUUUCCUCAGCUCCACCAUCUCCACCCGCCGCCCCUGUCGCCAUGGCUGUGACAUCCACCGUACCACCAGGUGCUCGUAGUUCCUCACCCUGUUCAGCCGCCUCAGGACCCCCAACGUCUCGGUGCUGCGACACAGGCAGACCCAUAUUCACGGAUCCCAUCACGGGACAAACUGUCUGCUCCUGCCAGUACGAUCUGAUGGGCUAUCAACGUCUUGCGGGUAUCCCCGCAGGGGUACCCCUCUCCAUGUACGGCAACACCUACCCUGAGGGCUUCCCCGCCUACCUACCCACCCUAGGAGCGGACCAGGCGCCGUUCUACUCGACACCGGCUGGAGCUCUGGAACUGAAGGAGAAUUUAGCAGCUGGUGGAGCUCCAUGGCCAUAUCCGGUUUAUCAUUCCUACGAGGCAGCCUUCGCUGGAUACCCCUUUAAUGGGUACGGUAUGGACCUCAAUGGCGCCCGCCGGAAGAAUGCAACGAGAGAAACCACGAGCACCCUCAAAGCGUGGCUGAAUGAGCAUAAAAAGAACCCCUACCCCACGAAAGGGGAGAAAAUCAUGCUGGCAAUUAUAACGAAGAUGACGCUGACGCAGGUGUCGACGUGGUUUGCCAAUGCACGCCGGCGGCUGAAGAAGGAGAACAAAAUGACGUGGGAGCCGCGGAAUCGCGUCGAUGACGACGAUGCCAAUGUAGACGACGACGAUAGGAAGAGUACAGAUGGGAAAGACUUAUUAGAUUCUAAGGACUCAGGAACAGGUUCAAGUGAAGAUGGCGACCGGCCGUCAAAUCGUUUGGAGAUGCUUGAUCGAUCGGGUGCCGGCGAUGGGCGCGACAGUGAGUGGUCGGAAUCACGACCAGGUAGCGGUCCGGGUUCUCCGGAGAUGUACGAUCGUCCCACAGUGAAUCAUCCCCUCCUCCAUCCGGCUGCCCUGCACUUCCGCCCGCCAACGAGUUCCCCACCCGACGGAGGCCCCCCACCGGGUGCUAGCACAAACCCCAGCGUCAUCAGUAAGCCCCGCAUCUGGUCGCUGGCCGACAUGGCGAGCAAGGAGAGCAAAGACCACUCACCGGAACCACCACCACCAACAUCCGCGGCUGCAGCUGCGGCACUGUACUGUGGCCCCGGAAAGAUCAUGUCACCCCUGGCCGGGCGGAUGCCCCUGCACCAUCCAUCGCCGUAUGCCCGCCCUGAAUUCUAUCGCACAUUCUACGGGCCGGCGCAUUUGACGGCGGGGCCGCCGGACAUGGCGCUCAUUGAAUCGUAUCAGCGAACAUUCGGUGCUAGUCUAGCCCACAAUGGCCUCCCAAUGAAUCAUCCCCUAAGCUCCGUGAUCUCCAAAGCGGCUGCCGGCCAGCCGCCAUUCGCACCGCUCAGCCUCACGACGAAUGUGGCAAAUACAGCCCCACCCCCGGGCGCCUCACCGUCCGCCUCAAGCACUUCCUCAGGCGACGCCACGACGGCUAAGCUAUCCCCAGGCGGGGCGCCGACUAAGCCAUGACCAUUGGCCGCCAUGGGGGAGCUCCCCAGUGACCAGCAAGUGCUCAUACGACCGUGAUUCCACGGCUGCCGCCGCGAAAACUCGGAGACACCCUCCCCCGUUAACGCCCACAGAAUUUUGGACAAUAAAAUAAAAUGUGAUUGAACAGACAACAAAAAGAAAAACUCUAAAAAGCCCCCCAAAAAAAACCAUCGAGGCGCGAUACCCACUCAUAAAUAUUUUUUGAUAAAAAAAACUCUAAAAGCUCCUGAAUUAAACGAAAAAAAAUUAGAAAAUAAAAAAAAUCAGGGUAAGAAAUCCGGUGCAUUGUUGCAGUGAAGGACACACACAGAGAAGCUUUCAGGUGGGGCUAAAAAGGGAACGCGUGUCUUGAACUCUGGACUUGUGGACAAAUUAAUGCAGAUUUCACUCUCUAAAAUUAAAUUGCAAAUUAAUUAAGAAUAAAGAAAUUAAAGAAAAAUAAAUUAAAUAAAAAAAAAAUACCAAAAUGGAGUGCUCGGAGUGAUGAAACCAAAUAAUAAUUAAUGAAAAGAAAAAAUAAUAAAAGAAGUGCAUUCGGAUAGCCGGGAAGGCACGCAAGGGCAACCAAGGACAAGAGAGAGUGUCUCAAGUAGACUGACAAAGUGGGGGUAUAUUUCUUGGGGCGUCACAACCACCCCGACGUGGGAUUGAACCUCAAAACGGAAUUUUACAGCCGCGCACAAUUCCGUAGAAUUUAUCAACCCCCUGUGCGCGGAAGUAUUUAUAAAAAAAAAUAAAUGGACAACAGUGUAGCGAGUAAAAUGUAAAUUAAAUUAAAGAAAAAAAGAAAAAAAUUCUAUAUAGAAGAAAAGUGAGUAAAAAUAGUGUUAAAUGUGAUAAUGGACUCAUUGAUUUUUCACUGUAAUAAAAGGUCGUAAAUAGUGAAUUUUUGAACAUGAAACGCCCCCUCAAGCUGAACCUGAUUGAUACAACUUUUAUGUUUCAAAUGUAAGUUUUGUCAACAAAGAUUUAUCUCAUAAACAUUUAUUUAUUGUUGUCUCUCGCAAAAAAAGUAAAAAUCUCCGAAGAAAAAAAUUAUAAAAAGCUAAAGGAAAAAACGUUAGCAACGGAUAUUUUUUGAAUUUGAUUUUUUGGUAGUUUUGACAGUGGUGGAUUUGACAGUUGUGAUGAAUUUGAGUUAACAUUUUAAAAACCUUUCAACGCUGAAAUUAAAUUUUAUUAAUUUUGGACGUGAAAGAACGAUUUUUCACAUAAUCGAAUUUUUUUUCAACAUUUUGUAACUUUUUCAUUUUUAAUAGAUGUCAGAGUUUUUAACAGAACUUUGACAGCACUGACGUUUCUUAAAUUCUUUAAAAUGUUUGUUUAACCGUCAAAACAUUUUGAUUUUAAAUAAAAAUACCCUUUUAUUAAAAAAUCAAAUUCACGAAAUGCUCAAAAUCCGCCACUAAUAUUCCCCUUUCCUCUGAUAAAAAAAAUACUUUUCAGCCCCUCAGAAAAAUACAUUUGAAAAAAAUCAAGCUGCAAAUUUUCUUUCUCUUUGAAUAUUUAUCAAUCGAAUUGCGUGAUGGAUAUAAAAUGAAUUUAUUGUAUCGCGCAAUGUACCCGAAGAGAACAAGAAGUUUCGUUUUUUAGUUUUUUUUUCUUUUUGAAAAUUGUGACCAAAUAAAAAGCGAUAAUAAAAUUUAUUCUAUGGAAUGCCGAUGGAAUAACAGGGUGAAUCGGAUGAAUUUCAUUUAAAUGUGACACGAAAACUCCCACAAAACGAAGCACAAAAUGUAUCGAGAAAAAAUAUUGAAUUCUUUUUUUUCUUCUGCAGUACACACUUGUGUACCAAAAGAAAUUUAUUUUGAAAAAUUCAAUGGGAAAAAAAUGGAGGAAAAUUCAUGGAAAAUUUGGGAAAAUUUACUUUGAGGAUUUUGAGAGCUCUGAAAAUAAAUUCUUUCGACUAAUUUUCAUUUUAAUUUUCUUGGUUGUGUUCUGUAAAGAAGAAAUUCUUGAUGUCACUGAGAUUUCAGUACAAGCUCUUGAAAUUAUUGGACCCAAAGAAGUUAAAAAUUACAAAUAAUUUUUUUUUAAUUAAUUUGAUUUAAAGAAAUAAAAUUUAAGAAUAGUUUUUGUAAAUUCUCAUUUAUCCGUUUAAUUAAAAGAUAAGCCUUUUGACCUAUUUUUACACUUAAUUUCUCACUUUUUGACCCCUAUAAAAUCCUCAAUUUUCCCACAAAAUUGAUAGAUAAAAACUUUUUGAAAUUUUCAACAAAUAAAUAAUAAAUUUUCAAUGAACUUUCUCAUAGAUUAAACAACCAAAAAAAAAGAAAAUUUUCCCAGAUUUUCCAAAAGACAAAAAAAAACAUGAAAACAGUGUUUUCUCCUGCAUUUCUCCUCGCUAGAUUACUUCUUAUUACCUACAUAUAUUGUAUUUUCCCUAUCGCAGUGAAAGAUACCAUAAAUUCACAGAAGAAUAGAUGAUGAAAAAAACAGGUACUAUAUAGGUGAAAAAAAGUGUAAAAAGAUGAUGAAAAAAGAAUGGAAAAAAAUUGUGAAUAAAGGUAAAGAAAAAUGCAAAGAAGAAUAAAUAGCAGCAAAAGAGGUUUUGUGUACAUAGUAUCAAUAAAAUUAAUUAAGAGAGAGAGACGUUAAUUAGUAAUGAGAAAAAAAAUGGAGGAAUAAUAAGAAUAUGGAAUACAGUAACAGUUAAUGAAAAAAAUGUACUAAUGAAAAUAUUGUGUAUAGAUAUUUACAUAAUUCUGUAUAAUUAAAUAUCAUUUAGAGGAACGUAAUGUUAAAGUCUAGUUGCAAUAAAAAAUAUUAAAAUAUAUGAAAUGAGAUGAUACAGCAAAUGAAUGAAUGAAAAAAAAUUAGACCACA